GACUUGUUGCAUAGCGUAGUGGGAGGCAGAGAGAGAGAGAGAGAGAGAGCGAAGCUUAGAGUCACAUGAUGGCAGUCACUAUUUUAUCCAUCUUGAUUGCUGCCAUCCCUGUGGCCUACUGCUAUCCAACUGCCUUCCAAAACCUGGAGGAAAGUCGCAGCAACAGAACCUCCAUUAAGUUUCUGGCUGUGGGCGACUGGGGUGGCGUGCCUUAUCCCCCCUACAUCACUGCUGUGCAGAAGGCCACAGCUCAAGAAAUGAGCAAAAUAGCAGACCAGAUGGGAGCUGAUUUUGUUCUUGCUCUGGGUGAUAACUUCUACUACAAAGGUGUGAACACUGUGGAUUCUCCUCGGUUUAAGGAAACUUUUGAAUCUGUGUACACUGCAAAGUCCCUCCAAGUCCCUUGGUAUGUGAUCGCUGGCAAUCACGACCACGCAGGGAAUGUCAAAGCCCAGAUCGAGUACAGCAGCAGAUCUAACAGAUGGAAAUUCCCCUCUUACUACUAUGAGCUGAACUUCCGCAUUCCCAACACCGGGAAGACUCUGACCAUCAUCAUGCUUGACACUGUGAUGCUUUGCGGUAACUCUGACGACAAUUCGGACAAGAAGCCAAGUGGACCCCUGAAUGAAUUGGAUGCCAAUCGACAGCUGGCUUGGCUGCAAGAGAGACUGGCUCUGUCCAAGGCGGACUUCCUGUUGGUGGCAGGCCACUACCCUGUUUGGUCUGUGUCCGAGCACGGCCCCACCAAGUGUCUGGUGCAAAGCCUCCGACCACUGCUCAUCAAAUACAAGGUCACUGCUUACCUCUGCGGCCAUGACCACAACUUGCAGUACCUCGAAGAGUCUGAUAUAGGCUAUGUGGUUAGCGGUGCUGGAAACUUCCUGGAUCCUGACACGCGCCACUGGCACCAUGUUCCCAAAGGUUCUCUGAAGUUUUUCACCGGCAAGGCUUCAACACUGGGAGGAUUCAUCCAUGCAGAAGUGACAAAGGACAAGAUGACCGUGACUUUCUACCAGGCUAAAGGCACUUCUCUCUAUCGCACAGUUCUCUCGCAAAGAGAUCUUGAAUAGACUGAUGAGCAGGAACAGCUAUAUACGGUGUAAUCUGCAGCGUAAGUGUGAAAUCAAGUAAUGAGUCUUGAUCUUGGUUGUUUUAAAAAAAUCUUUGGCAUUAAAAGAAUCAUAUGGUUUUAAAUGUGACUUUAUGCUACUGUAAAAUAAACAGUGCCUUUAAGGCACAUUAAGGAAUGUCCCUUGUCAGCUUGUGAUUGCAGUCUUGUGACUUGUGGCUGCAGGUCCCAGAUGUUGUCUUUUCUCUUUACUUGAUAAAAGGAACUCCAUCUGUCCUGAACUUGUGGAAAUGUGGUUGUGGUGCUUGAAUUUCUUACUCUGCAAGUGCAUCUGAAUUUAUGAUUUUCAACACAAAUGAGAAAUUAGAGAAGGCAUUGAAUGAUUUGGGGGCUUACACUGAUGUCUGAUACCUGUCAGGUCUUUAAUUCAAUACCAAGAGUUAGGAAAUGUACACAUUUUAUUCUGCAUAAGAAAGCAUUAUAUCAAUAUCAAUGCAUUGGUGGGGUAUGCACCAAAAGAAAGGCACUUUUUUUUGCAAAUAAAAGACAUAUUGUGACGAA